AAGCUUAUGCUCUUGGUUUAGUUGAUAGAGAAAAAUGUCGUCAUUGUGGGAUUUCACCAAGAUUGGUUCUUUCAAAUGAGGCUGAAAAACAUAAAAGUAGUGGAAAUUCUAAAUCGUCAUCCUACAAUAAUUCUAGUAAUAAUAAACGUUCUUCGGUAAAUCUAAUGUUGACACCAGACAAACCUACUUAUCAACCUAAAUCAAAACCAACCCCUUUACUUCAGAAUAAUAGCCCUAGUAUUAAGGCUAGUAAAAGUUAUGAUAAUUUGUUAUCAACCUCUUCACGUCCUACUCCAAAACGUAGCUCCACAUAUUCAUCAGACGUUAAACCACCGUCUCCAAAAUCACAUAGUUCACAUAGUUCACAUAGUAAUCACUCUUCACGUUCACGUUCACCAACUCCGAUAAAAAGACGUUCAAUCAAUGAUGUUGAUUCUUUGAUUUCAGUCAAACCACCGUCUCCAAAAUCGCAUAGCUCACAUAGUUCACAUAGUAAUCACUCUUCACGUUCACGUUCACCAACACCGAUAAAAAGACGUUCAUUCAAUGAUAUAGAUCCCUUAAUUUCAAUCACACCACCAUCUCAAAAUUUGAAUAAUAAUCUCACCCCACGUUUGCCAACUCUAACCAAAAGACGUUCCACCAAUGCAAUUGAACCACUUAUUUCAAAUUUAUCAUCACCUCAAGACUCAUAUAGUCAAUUGAAUAAUUCGUCUUCUUCUAUAUCUUCUAUAAAUCCUCCACCACCUUCGCAUUCUCGUCGUUCGAGACCUGGUUCUUACGUUCCUACAAUUCCACUGAUUAGUUUGAUCCCACCAUCUUAUAGUACAACUCAUACUAAUUAUAAUAAUUACACCACAAAGAAAAUUUGA